AUGAGUGUUGUCCAAUUGAACUCAGGCAAACCUGGGUUAGGUGAUCCUACAUCUACUGAGCUAGGUAAAGGUGAUCUACCACUUAAAUCAAUAGAACCAAGUCAGUAUUGGACGUUUGACAAUGCCCUUAAUUUGCUUAAAACUUGUCAUGAUCCAUACAUCCUUAGAACCCUUGAUGAGUUCCUUUUGCUUAACAGUAAGGUGUUGAUUAAUCCAUCACCGUUUGCAAAUACUGGCACUGCUUCUAUAUCAGGUAAGGAAAUGUCUUUAAGAGCAAUCAGUUACGAUAUAUUACCCGUCAACAUUUCCGAUGCAGAAACCAUUGGAAAAUACUUACCCUUCUUAGACCUUAAGGAAAUCAUUCGGGUGAUUUCACAAACAUGUAAGAAGAUCCCGCCUAAGUUCUGUCAUGAAUGGACCGUCAAGAGUAAACUUCAUGAAGAUCGUGAUAAGUUGUUGGAUAACGAGCGGUUAUACUUGUACACAUCAAAACUUUUACGAGAACGAAGAAGUGUGUUGAAGAUGGUUAUUGAAUUGGUCAAUAACAAGUUGAAUGAGUUCACAUCCACCACAGUCAAGAAUUUGGGUAAAGAAAUUGUUCUUUCUAAAGACUAUAUUGGUGAGUUGAUUGACUCCUUACAGGCAACAUGUACAUUUAUUACAGAAAGGAAAUAUGUAACCGGUAUUUCCAAAAAGUUGGAUGAAUUGGUUUAUAAUGAAUCGAUUUUAUUCGCAAUACAAUUGUGUCAAGUCAUGGUUGAAGUAUUAAUGGGCCAAUCCACCCUUGUUUUUAAAGAAGUCAAACAUUGGUUUCAGUUUAUGAAGUCCAAUAACUUUGGUAUGAGCUUGGGUCCUUUUAUCACUUAUCCAGAUUCAUUCAAUCAAUUACAAUCUUUAUUCACAGUGGUUUCUGUGUUGGUGUUGGAUUUAGAUGGUGCUUUUGAUGGACAGCAUAAAUAUAUCAGUGUUGCUGAUGUGUUUCAUACUAUAAAUGAUGCUAUAACUAACAAUUCCAACAACACUAAUGCAGUGGUAUUAUACAGUUGGUCCAUUAUUGUUCUCAGGAAAUACUAUUAUAUCCAAGAGUAUCCUUCGAAGGAAUUCACUGUACAUGAGCUAGACCAAAUCAUAAACUCAUUGAAUCCAAGAAGCACUCAAGUGUUUUCCCAAUUACGAAAACAUAACCAAAUAUUACAUUUCGACAAGAUUUAUUCAGCAAUUUUAUCUACAGUUAUUGUUGCUGCUCUACCAUUAGUCAACUUGACCACCGAAGUGGUUGAAGCCAUUCAUGAUAUUGCCAGCAAUUGUCCUAAUCAUAUUAUCGAACGAUUUUUUGAAAAUGAAUCUACCAGAAACACUAUUAUCCUUGCAAGAACUAAAUUCCCAUUAUUACUUACUCCCUAUAUUAAACUUUGUUCAAUUCAUGGAAACUUUGCCCUUCAUGAGUUCAAUGAACUUUUAUCGUACAUUCAAGUGUUUAACAAGGAUGAAUUUGUUAAUAUGUAUCAAAUUGAUGAUGAAAACACCGAGUUGGUUAAAUUGACAGAAUGGGUCGACAUUUAUCCUCCAUUUGAAGCAAGCAAUAAGAAGUUAUCUAUGGUAUUGAAAUCAGGUACUAAAGCUAAGAUAUUACCUGCUUCUAAUCCAAAUGAGGUGUUGGUAACUUUCUUGUAUAAAUAUAAUGGAUGGGCAUUCUUGGGAAGAGUAUUGCAAAAUAUUUCCAAGUUAUUCAAUAGUGCUGAUCCUACUAAAGUUGAAUUAGUGGUUGAUAUUUUGAAUUUGAUUAAUCGUGUUGUAUUGGAUAAUGGAAUUGAUGAAGCGAAAUUGGUAUUAGAAUCAAUGUCGGCAUAUACUGAUGAUUCAGAUAUUUUAGAAGUUAUAUUGAGGUUACUUGAACAAGGAUUGCAUUCAAGAAAUGUUGAUAUUUUAGUUAGUGUGAUUGAAUUGUUAACCAAUGUCAUGCCAUUCUUGUCAUAUAGAAUUUGGCCAUAUUUAUCCAAGUCGGUAUUGUUUACACAAAAUGGUAAAGAAGGAUUUGCAGCUACCAUCUUUGGAGCAAUUGAAAUGGUUAAUGGAGAUUAUGAAUUCACAAUUGCAUUGAUUAAGAUGACCGAAUCAUUAGUACAAAAUUGUCUUUCCUUGGAUCAAGACUAUCCUGAGAAAUCAAAGAGUGUAAUCUUGUCAAAAAUUGUUACACAUUUAAUUAACUUGUUUGAAAGUUUUAUAUAUUGUCGGUUCAAUAAAUCUUAUCAAAAGAUGGAAAUGGGAGUAUUGAUUCUUGAUAUUUUGUCAACAAUCUUGGCUACUGUGUAUGGAAUUGACCCUGAUACUCCAGUUGAACACAAAGCUACUAAAGUAUUUGCCAGCUCAGCAGUAAGAAUUCUCGAUGCAUUUUUAGUUACUGACAAAGAUAGUUCCCGUGCCGCUUCUCCAAUUUUGACCAUGAUUGAAUCACUUUCCCAGAAUUUGGAAAUGUAUGAAUUGAAUGAUAGUUCAGGAUUUUGGCAUGAGACUUGGAUCAGAUGUUGUCUUUCCUAUUCUCAUUUAUUGAUUACGAUCAGGUCAACUUUGAGUUACCCACCUUCUGCGUUUGAACGCAACUUAUUUAUGCAUUUACCAAGUCUUGUAAGUUCAUAUUCAAGAUUUGAAUCUAUUCGUAAGGAUAUUCUUGAUUUGUUGACUAGUUUGACUAAUGCCAAGUGGGAUCAAGAUAGCGCAACUCCUUCAUUGUUGUCUCAUUUAGGUAGUGAUUUCAGUCAAAUGUUGUUGCAUUCACUUGCAGCCGAUUUGGAUAAUUCAUUUGAUGAUUACAAGUUGAAGGUUUCUUUAUACGAUUUCAUAUGUGCAGUUAUGAUGGGAGGUAAUCAAGAAGGGCUUUCUGUUCUUUUCAUUAGUGGAAGAGAUGUGUUUGGGGAUUAUACCAAGGAUCAUGAACACAAAGAAGUUGAAGAGAAAUUGUCAUUGUUGCUGAUCCUCAAGGGUAAUAUUAAUGAUAUGAAGUAUUAUCCUAAUUCAGUUAGUAUUCAUUUAGUUGAUGCCUUGGCAUUAGCAUUCAAUUUAUGGACAACCACCAAAGAAAAUGACAAUGAUGUGGAAUUUAUCAAUACUUUGAUUUCAAGAGUCAAAUUACAGAUGAUUGACCCUCCAGACACGGCCGAGAGUUAUAUCAGUAGAUGUUAUGAAUUGAAAUUAGUGGCUAAGGUGGCUGAGAUUCUUGCAUUGCAUUUAUUCACCACUAGAAAUGAUAAAUUGAAACAAAACAUUCUUGAUUUUAUCACCUCAGAUUUCAUUGAUAUUGCCAAAACAAAGUUUACUGUAAGUGAUUACAAGUCCAAUUUACAUAACAAUUUACAAAUCUCAUUUGAAGCUGCCUUCCCUAAAUUGAAGUUAUCACAAUUUACCACUGGAUUAACCAAGAGAAAUAGAUAUGGAAUUAGCACUGUGUAUAAUUUACCAGUUAUGGAUUCACUUUUCAAACAUGAAUCCGAAUGGCCCCAGAUUAGAGAACAAGUGAUUGCAUCAAGUAUUAAUUUGCAAUAUGUUAAUGCUCAAGUAUCCAGUGCUAAAUCUUUUGGUGCUUUGAUUACAUCAUAUUGUCGUACAUAUGAACCAGCAUUGGAUGUGCGUAUGUUGGAAUUUAUUGACUAUUUAUUAAGACAGAAUAUCAAUGAAGGGAUUAUUUCAGAAUUAGUUCUGUCGAUAUAUUACGAAAGGGUGGAGUUAGGAUUCUAUUUGAUGUAUUCAUUUUAUAGCAGAUGUCCAAAGACUACGAGUGGCAAGGAUACAAAAGCAGUGUUUGAAAUCAUCAAAAGUGGGUCAACAUUAUUAAGCUCAAGCAGUAUGAAUUUCCUUUCUAGUUUGGCUGAACUGCAAGGUUAUUACCGUCCUUUAUUGAAGAUUAUUUAUUGUGGAUUAUUGUUGAUUUCCAACGAUGAAACUAUUGUAAUGGAAUAUUUCAGUUUAUUCAGGGAUUUGUUUGAAUUGAUUAUAACUAAGGGAACAAAGACAUUGUUGAUUGAAGUUCAAAACGACGUUUAUCUUUCUCGUACUGAUAAGAACCACAAGUCAGUAAAGAUGAAUGAUAGAAUUGAUGAUCUUAUGAUGAUUCUUUCCAUAUUGAAAAUAUUCAUUAAAUUAAGCGGAGGCAGUCGCUUACAUCAAGAAAUGGCUCUGCUUGUGGUGGACAAUGGUACCAUUAAAUCCUUACUUAAUCUUUAUUCCAUAUCCCAUGCAAUUGAAGUAAAUGAUGAUUUCAUAUUUGCCCAAUUGCUGUUGAUGUAUACUCUUGAAUUAAUGUCGAUUGAAGUAAUUGCCAAUGAAUUCAUUAAAUCAGGCUUGUUUGUUGUGUUGUUGGAAUCACCAAUUCUGAUUCCUAUUAGAGCCGGUGGGCUUUCUAUCGCCCAUGGUGCGCAAUAUUACAGACUAUGGAUAAAUGGAAUUUUGCCAGUGAUAAUCACCAGCUUGUCAAAGCUUGGUCCGGGAAUUAUACCUGAAGUAUGUGUUGCCUUGCAAUUGUAUAACAAGCAAUUGGAAAAUUGUAUUGAAUCAUGGUCAAGAGAUUCAUCAUCUAUUAGAAUAUCCACUUCGAUUGUGGCAGAAACUAAUCAAAUCUUGCUUAUUUAUGACCUACUUAAGUCAAUGAAUGUGAGUGAAUAUUUGAAGGGGAAAUAUGAAGUAAGCAGUGAUGAAAUUGAUAUGAAGAUUUUACCUGGAUUGGAAAGUGAAGCUAAGCGAGAGUCAUUUGGUGAAUGCAUUGAGAAUUUGUUGAAGCAUCCAAAAUUCUUGACUUCGAGGGUUGCCCCUAGUUCGUUGGAAGAACAGCGGAUUAUUGAAGUUGGUGGGGAACGGUAUGAAAAGUUUGUCAAGGGGAUUAUUGAUGAGAUUAGAGACUUGAAAGAUUAUUUUGGUGAGUAA